AUGGCAGAAGAUGCAGAUACAAUCGUUGAUGUACACUAUAAUGGGGUGUUCACACCUACCCCAUUGAUGUAUUUUAAUGGAGUAAAAGCCUCUGUACCAUACACGGUUGUAAACAAGAUGAACUUCCCUGAUUUCAUCCCCUUUCUUGAAAAGCUUACUAACGGAAGAUGCAGAGAUGUGUAUUACUGUCCACAUGAAGUGAGGUUGUCGGAGGGAUUACAUGCUAUUCAGAAUGACUGCGAUUUUAACGAGUUUCUUGAAGAUAUCAAUGAAAAGAAGAGAUUGGAUGUGUAUGUGGAUCAUUAUCAUGAACCUUUGUUUGAUUGGAUUCAGGAGGAAGAAGCAGACCUUGAAGAUGAAGAUUUGGUUUCUAUUGAUGAUGUUGACUCCAUUUUAGAAGAUGGUCUGAAAGUUGAACAUGUAGAGGACGAUGAAGUUAUAUCUCUCAAAAGAAACUCCAAUGAUCAUUUCCUCAACAAACUUUGUCCAAUACAGAAUGAUGACUUGGUUCAAGAAGAUCAUAAUGCAAUACGACCUAUCUACCCAAGACAUGAUCAUACUCAGGAAUGGAAUGAGAUGAAGCCUCGAUUAGACAUUCCUCUAAGAUGUACCAUUUGCCACCAAACUGGCCACAACAAAGCCGCAUGCCCAAGUAAGCCAACUCCAGCUCCAAGCACAGCAGGUCCAAGUCAAUCAACUCUAGCUUCAAGCACAACAGGUCCAAGUCAAUCAACUCUAACUCCUGUCAAGAGAACUCCUAUGAAGAAAGCUCAUGUGAAGAAGGCUCUUGUGAAGAGAAGUCCUAUGAAGAAGGUUCCUUUGAAUGAUGCUGGUAGGGUGAGAAAGUUUUCAGAAAGAAUCACAGAAAUUGGUCUUCAAAAAAAUGUUAAACUCAAGGAUGGAACUAGAUGCAGCCAAGACAAACCUGUGACCUUAGAGUAA